AUGACGAUGACGAUGAAUUAUCAGCAACGCAAUGCGCAGGCAGUGAAGGUCAUCCUCUCCGAGCUGUACGUCACCUGGAGCACUAGCGACGAGGGGGCGUCUGAGAUCCAAAAGGCUCUUGAGGAAAUACUAGGUGCAGCGCGCACGGCUAAUAAAAACACUGGCCACGCGGAGGUCGACAGCGCACCAUAUCGCUACUCAUUGAACCACGAUGACGAGGAUGACGAACUGCGGCCAGAGGAGCGGGUUGUGGAAGUGUACAGCUCGCACCACGCGGAUCCCAACGUGGUGUCACAAUCUCUAUCGCCUAGACGUUCCGUCUCCCCACCAGCCUCACCGUCUGGGGAGUUACUUCACCGUUUCUCGGACGAGGGCCAAAAAUCCCCAAGCCCUGCGCAAACACCACGAUUUUUUGGCGUGGAUGAGCUGGAUUACCCACACCGCGCAUACUCCCCUGGUGGCAUGGGUUCGCCCUCACAUGCCCAGAGCCCCUCUGGGCACGUGAGGCCCGUUGUGGACCCCAUGGCACCUGUACCACACUUAAGUGGCAGCAGUAGUGGCACCGUCUCGCCGCCCGCAACGCAUUCAUUAGGAAGUCCAUGUCUAGACACCACUGUCAACGCCGCAAUGGUCUCAGGAGAGGUCUUUGCCGCCCUAGAAACGUCGCCAAACGGGAACGUGUCGCAAUCGCAGCGCUUUGUACACUCUUCUGGGAACUUUGCCUCAAUGCCCCCAGAGAAUGUGCUGCGGGCGACGUAUGAUGACAUCCCCACGUUUUAUGGAAAGGCGGAAAAGGAAGGUGCACAUCACACCAUUCCAGAGGCUGAAGAGGAGAGCUUAAAAAGUUUCUUCGCCAUGAAGGGGUCCGCACUAAAUCGCAAAAUACUAUCGGGGUCUAGCUUACCCAUUGACUCCACAAAAACAGUGCGUAAGGGUCAAUUUAGUAAACUUUGUCAGGAGGUUUUUAACAUCCCAACAUGGAUGAAGGAUGCACUUUUUAGUCGUAUUGCAGCUGCAGCAGGAAACUCUGAAUCCGCCGCCCUCACCUACGAGCAGAUAUCGAGCUAUUACUACAACGUACUUGGUCCCCUCACGGUGAAUCGACGAAUGUUUGAGCUCAUCCGGGGUGAUUCAAACAGUGCGUAUUUAACACUACAAAACUUUAAGGACAUGGUGCGGUAUUUGGUUGACUCCCACCCUGGGCUUGAGUUUCUCAAACAACCAGAGUUUCAGGAGUACUACUGUCGUACCGUUGCUAUACGAAUUAUGUACUCAUUAGAACGGCAACAAAGCGGUAAAAUCAGCUGGUUUGUGUUUGAUCGUAGUGACCUUCCUGAGGUUAUGCAGGAAUUGGACGAAAAGGACGUAAAUUUGGUGCUACAGUAUUUCUCGUAUGAGCAUUUUUACGUUCUCUACUGCAAGUUCUGGGAGUUGGACACAGACCGGGAUCAGCUUCUUGGGUUUGACGACUUGUGUAAGUACGGUCAAAAUUCCGUUUGCCCCUCUGUCGUCAAGCGGGUAGUGGAAGGUGCGGGACGGCCUCUCUCAUCCGGGAAGCCGGGGCAACUGGACUUUGAAGAUUUUGUGUACUUUUGCCUGUCGGAGGAGGAUAAAAAUAAUGGCCCGGCAGUGUAUUACUGGUUCAAGGUGCUUGAUGUGGAUGGCGAUGGCAUCUUGAGCGGUUACGAGCUGUUUGAGUUUUACAGGGAAAACCAUCAGCGUUUCUUGGAGUUUUCGGAGAACCCAGAAGGAGACUUGACGUAUGGAGACAUGAUGUGUCAGAUGCUGGACAUGAUGGGGUUUUUGUGUGCCCAGGACGGCCAGCUUGGCUUGACACUGAGCGACCUGCGCGCGUGUCCGACGCCGUCGAACUUCUUCAACAUGGUGUUCAACGCUCAGAAGUUUAUGCUCUUUGAGCACCGCGACCCCUUCGCAGAACAUCAACAAAAGUUGAGGCCGGAGAAAACGGACUGGGAUCGCUUUGCCCGUGCGGAGUAUGACCGCAUGGCAAGUGAGGCUCAGUGA